CCCCCCCCCCCCCCCCAUCCGCCGCCUCCCAUCGCUGGACCAAGGUAAGGCAACCUCUUCCCCUUUGUAUUUUUCACAGAUUUUGUGCUCUUCUUCUGGUACAGUUUCUAAAUCGUGGAACCCUAGGUUUUGUGUGUGCAUUUUCUGAUUUUUUCUGUCUAUAUUGAAUAGGAUCGAUGCAAUGUCUGUGCAUGAUUCUAACCAAUCCAGUGUGAUAAACCUAACCACGGGGGCGAUCUCAGGCAAUGAAGUAGAAAAUGGUAGUGCUACUAUUGAUUGGUCAAGCUUUGUGAUUGAACCAGAAAACGAUGGGGAUGAAAAACCGCCGGACGAGAAAGCCAUGUUUGCUCUGUUUGGUUUAAAAACAGAGCCGGAUGAGAGAGCAACUGAGCUUCCUACUCCUGAUGUGGAGUCUGACUUACAUGAUACCAAAGAUGCAGAUAUUGUUGUUGAUGAUAAGGCUCCAGAGGAGCCACUUAUUGCCUGGGAUGAACGAAACCCAGCCAUGGAUAUAGGGACACCUUAUCCUAACAUGGUUGAAUUUAGAAAGGCUUUAAAACAGUGGGCUGUCAAUGGAGAGUUUGAAUAUGGCACCAAAAAAAAUGAGCCAGGGAGGUUUCGGGCUUUUUGCAAAGGUCAAUCCAUAAUAGGUGAACCUUGCAAAUGGGCUAUAGCUGCUAGUUGGCGAAGGGAUGGAAAUUGUGUGAUGGUUGUGAAGCACCAAAUGGAGCAUAUUUGUAGUUCAACGAGUGGAAAAGUGACAAGAAUGACAUCUCAAUCAUGGGUUGCCGACAAGGCAGUAGCUAUGUUGAAGAAGGAUCCAACUGUUGGUGCUGUGAAGAUACUUAAAGACUUGCAAGAUGAGCAUCAUGUCACACUUAACUAUCACACAGUGUGGAAAGGCAAACAAAAGGCAGCAGACGGCUUAUAUGGGAGUUGGGAAGAAAGUUUCAGGAUGUUGUACAACUACAAGGCUGAAAUAGAAUUGAGGUCUCCGGGGAGUAUUGUUGAGAUUGAUACGACCACACAUGAAGGUGAAGUGCAUUUCAGCAAGCUAUUUAUCGCUUUCAAGCCUUGCAUAGAUGGUUUUGUGAAUGGAUGUAGGCCAUAUAUUAGCAUAGAUUCAACUCAUUUAAAUGGAAAGUGGAAUGGUCAGCUAGCUGUAGUCACUGCAUUGGAUGGUCAUAAUUGGAUGUUCCCGGUGGCGUAUGGCUUUAUUGAGUCUGAAAAUGGAGAUAAUUGGGCUUGGUUCAUGAAUCAAGUGAAGAAGGCAAUAGGGGACCCUCCGGUAUUGGCUGUUUGUACUGAUGCUUGCAAGGGUCUUGAAAAUGCUGUUAAGAAGGUUUUUCCUCAAGCUGAGCAGCGAGAGUGCUUUAGGCAUAUGUGGCAUAAUUUUCAGAAAUAUUUUCAUGGUGAUGUGUUUGGAAGGUUGUGGCCUGCUGCUAGGGCAUAUAGGACGGAAGAAUAUCAACAUCACAUGUCAAAGGUAUUUGAUGCAUCUGAGAAAGUAUAUCCUUACCUUAGGGAUUACCAUAAUCUGUUAUGGAUGAGGUGUAUGUUCAACCCUGCCAUCAAGUGUGACUACAUAAAUAACAAUCUCGCCGAGUGCUUCAACGCUUGGGUGUGAGAUAUCAAGGACUUGCCGAUUGUUCAGCUAGCUGACAAGAUUAGAGAGAUGAUUAUGGAACUAUUUAGAAAAAGAAGAAUGAUUGGAGAAAGAUUUACAGGGAUAAUACUUCCAUUUGUCAUACACCAACUAAAUGCAAAGACUCGAGGACUAGGUCAUCUCAAGGCUAAAGCAUCAGCUGAUUGGAGUGGGGAAGUGAAAAAUGCUAACAAAGAGGAUGAAAGACAUGUGGUCAAAACUCUCACACAUGAGUGUACAUGUCUGCAAUGGCAGCACACGGGCAAGCCUUGCGACCAUGCACUAGCCUUCAUAAAUGUCUUGCAAGCUCGCAACUUUGUUAACAUGGAGGACUAUGUACAUGAGUACUACUCAGUU